AUGUCACCAAUAGAUUACAAGAAACUAAAAGAUGAUCUUAUAAUAGCUUAUGCAAAAAAGCAGCUCAGUCAGAACCCUCAAAUAGAUUUUAAAGAUAUUCAAGCAAACGCAAACUUACCAUUAAUACGUUCAAUUCAUUCACAUGCAAAUUGCCUUUUACCAUAUAAAAAUCCAAAUUCUUUAGAUAUAGCUUUAAAUACAAUAGAUUUACCCAAAAUAUAUGAAAAUGUUGAAAAAAGAGAAAAAGAGAAUCAGAACCCGAAUUUGAGAUAUGAUGAUUUUAUAGUUUUGGAAUUAUUACAUUAUUUCAAAAAUGAUUUUUUUAAAUGGGUUAAUUCACCAAGUUGUACUUGUGGCAAUAGUGAACAAAUUGAACAUAAAGGGAUUAAAAAGCCACCACCAAACAACCUUGACCAAAUAUCAAUAAUUGAAGUGUAUCAAUGUUUGAAAUGUAAAAAAUCUAUAGAAUUCCCCAGAAUUAAUAAUCCAGUGUCACUAUUAAAUACAAGGAAAGGUCGAUGUGGAGAGUGGGUUAAUUGCUUUUUGUUAAUAUUAGAAGCUCUAAUUGGAGAAGGUAAAGAUAGAAUAAGGUAUGUUUUAAAUCAAGAAGAUCAUGUUUGGUGUGAAUAUUAUUCUUAUGGUUUGGGAAAAUGGGUACAUUUAGAUCCAUGUGAAGCAGUAUUUGAUGAACCUUUAUUAUAUUGUAAUAAUUGGGGUAAAAGAAUGUCAUAUGUUAUUGGAUUUAAUAUGAAUAGUAUUGUUGAUUUAAGUGAUAAAUAUAUUACUAAAGUAAAACAAAUUGAACAAAAAGAGGUUGUUGAUCCAAAAGAAGUCAAAAAAGUGAUUGAAUUUUAUAAUUAUAAAAAAUUACAUGAUUUUUGUAGUCUAUUGAAGCAAGAAAAUAGUCACAGAGAUGUAAUGCUACAAGUUUAUGAACAAAUUAUUGUUCCUAGAAAUAGGGAAUAUAUCAGCAGUGAUGGAAAAGCAACUCCUUCAUCAAAUAUACCGAAGGGUAGACAAACUGGAUCAUCUGAAUGGACUAAAUCUAGAGGUGAAAAUGGUUAG